CACAGUUGAACAAUUUCUUGUCUCUUUUCAGUCUCACACAACUCAUAUCAAGUCUCAAACAUGUGUCAAGACGAGGUUGCUUCCAAUGGCUGGACUAGCGUUCCCAGGCAUGCCGGGACUCUCUUUGGUGAUAAGCUGUCCACCAUUGAACCAUCACCCCUUUCCAUCAGUGAGCUCGGAUUUCCAUCCAGCGACCAAGCAGUAGCGAAGACUAUUGAUUACGCUAAAGCAACUCUCCACCCUCAGACAUUCAAUCAUUCUAUGAGAGUGUAUUACUUUGGAAUGGCCAUCACCAAGCAGUAUUUUCCAAAGCAAGCUGCUGGGUUAAACCCUGUUACCUGGGCUCUUACUUGUUUGCUCCACGAUAUUGGGACUGCGGAGGAAUUCUUGACUGCCACCAGAAUGUCUUUUGACAUCUACGGUGGCAUCAAGGCUCUGCAGGUCCUCAAAGAUUUUGGAGUCGCCAAGGACCAGGCAGAGGCUGUUUCAGAAGCCAUUAUUCGGCAUGAGGAUAUGGGAAUUUAUGGAGAGAUUGCGUAUCUCGGCCAGCUAAUUCAGCUUGCCACAACGUACGAUAACACAAGCGUUCACCCCCAUGUCAAGAACUUUGGCCAGCUGUUGCAUCAUACUACAGUCGCCCAAAUCAACGAGGCUCACCCCCGAUUGAAGUGGUCUACGUUUUUCUCUGGGACCAUUCGUAAGGAGAUGACCAUUAAACCGUGGUGUCAUUCAGGAAACCUCCCCAACUUUGACAAUGAAAUUGAAGCCAAUCCAGUCAUGAAGGAAUGGGAAUAUUGAAGAAUUAUUUGCUAUAAGUUCAAUAGAUAUCAUAUACAUGUGUAACUAUAUUCUGAUUGCUAUACUACGGGAACUCUCUACCCAAUAGAGAAUAAACAGAUGGAGCUAAGAGUCACCUUAUACCUUUAGCUAGCGAUCCCACUCCGGGUGACCAGGCGAUAUUGUGAAUAGCAAUCUCUACUAUACCUUAACCAG